GUUAAAAAUCACAAGGCCUUACGAUUAUUCAAAGCUUGUUCUGCUGUGUUUAAGGUGAAGAUUUGUUCUUUUGUUGAUAGAUUCCAGCGGCACGUGCACAUUCUCCUCACCCACGUGAUUUUUUUCUCUAGCACAAUAUGAACACAGCAAUAUUUCUGUUACCUCACAUCAUGCUGUAUGUUGCUAUUGAUGGCACUUCUGAAGACCAUAAAGAGGUGAGAGAAGAAUAGAGUGCUAGUUCAACUUUCUUCUGGACGCCAUCUUAGACUUUGCACGGCCGCUUGAAAAGGACGGCUCUGAGACAGCCGAUUAUCAUGAGAUUGCACACAUGCGACUUUCAGAAGACUUCUAAAUAUCAGUAGAUCAGUAGCGUAGCCAUUUAAUUUCUAUUUAAUUUCUAAAGAAAUGAAUAAUGAUAAUAAUUUUGAAUUUGCAUAGCGGGGCUAAAUUGUCGGGCUGGCUACACUGCUGUAGAUUGUACACGGCUAAAAACGCACAGGUUGUUCCAAGUUGAUAUCGACAGGCGUGAACAAUGUUGUGCGGCCAACUAUGAACAAGUUGUCAACCAUGUUGUUCCAAGUUGUUACAGUCGAACAAUGCUGUAACAACAUGUUGACAAUUACUGUUCAUAGUGGGCCGCCCCACCAAGUUGUUGAUUUUCUCAAUUUUUACGCGUGUACUCUUCACUGGAUGGCUUCACACUCAAUACCUCUUUAUAUUUCAUAUUUUCUGCCAUUGUCUAAGAAAGUUUUGUUAUCCCCAUAAAUAAUUCAAAUUUCAAUCGCAUAGUUUAUUUGGAGUGUGAAUCACGCAAAGAGAUUUACUGCCACGUAAAUGUUAAGUUGUAAGCAAAAUCCAAAAUUCCAUAUCCCGGUUAAGACCCUGAUACCAUAGUAACCUUCAACGUCAGGCUUGCAUAUUCUGACCUUUUUGUUUUUAAAGGUUUACGACGAAAUCCUGGCUGUUUUAAAGCAUGUGGAAGAACGAAAUCCGGAGUAUAAUGUAACCAAUAAUUCCAUAGGUUUGUAAGGUUAAUUUUACUUAAUGAAGUAUUUACCUGUGCACUACACAGGAUAGCUUUAUCAAUUGUAAAUUGAGAUACAGUAAGUUUAAUCUCUUAAGGAUCAUCUGUAGUCCCAAAUGUUAAAGAUUUAUGUUUUGGCCCAUUCAGAAUCCUUAUUUUCACCAAAAUCUGUCUACACCAUGUCACAAUAUUUCUUUUCAGAUUUUAGUCACAUCAGUGCACAGACCAUUUUCUCUCUCCUCGACUGUCUGACUCGCUGGGCAAGACUUAAAGCAGACAGCAGCUCCAAGACUGUCACACGUUCAGAAAAGAAUGGGGCUUCCGGUAUGUUUGUGAACAAUAAAUUGCGAAUAAUUUAGCGUGUUUAGUCUUCACCAUUCUAGCAUCACCACCAUUACACAAUCAUCAUCACCAUUACCACAACCAUCACAUUACCACCACCAUCAUCAACACCAUCAUCACCACCAUCACCAUCAUUACCACCAUCAUUACCAUCACCAUCAUUACCACCAUCAUCAUCAUUACCAUCACCACCAUCACCACCAUCACCACCAUCACCACCAUCAUCACCACCAUCACCAUCAUUACCACAACCAUCAUUACCACCAUUACCAUCACACCGUUACCAGUACCACCCCCACCAUCAUCACAGCUUACUAGUACCAUCUUUCUUUCUGUCAACAAAAGGUGAUGGUGAUCUAACUAAGGUGGUACAAUUCCUCGACGGUAUCCCACAGGUAAAUUUUCAGUUGGUAUAAACACAACAGGAGUUUUAAUCGGAUAUAAUCUUAUUUCAUUCAUACUGGAUAACUUUAUUCCAGUAUGAAUACAAUCAUUAAAAAUGAGUCACUCCUUAUUGGUCAAGUGUUACUACAGGAGGAACCAGGAGAGAAUCUGCGAUGUUUGGUAGAGUCAAAUGCGACUGAGAUUAAACUUUAAUCAGACAAGUGUUUAUUGGAGGAAUCGAGGCCCGAUUGUUGGUGCAUGUUCAGGGUUCGUAGCGGUCUUUGAAAUCCUUGAAAGUCUUUAAAUUUGAAUGCAGGUCUUUAAGGUCUUUGAAAAGUCUUUGAAUUGUAUGAAAAAGCGAAGAAAGUCUUUAAAAGUCUUUAAAUUCUUUAGUGAGUAUUUGAUUAUACGAUUUCCUAGCUAAUAAAAUAGAUUGAUUGAAGCAAGAUUUUCGCAAAUAUCGAUGAAAAGGUGCAUUUUAGGAUGUGAUUUGACGGGACUAAUUACCGGGUAAAAAUGGUACUUUUCCGGGUAAAAAUGGUACUUGGUAUUUUUCGACACCUGAUUGCUCUCAAAGGUCUUUGAAAAGUCCUUGGUCUUGGAGAGUACGAACCCUGUUUCUUGCGCCUCUAUGAUUCUGCCACUCUUUGGUCACAGCCAGUUUUAUCAAUUUUUGUAGAAAACCCUGGCUACUGCGUCGUUUCAUUGCAAAGCUUACGCAAGAUCUCUGAUGCAUUUUGAACAAUUUAUCGAAAAAAGCCAAGAGGAUUUACAGUUGCAUCUGAACUCAAUACAGCGUCUGUACUGGGCGUUGAACGAACCAGAUGGGGUAGUGGGAGUGGCGGCUGUAAGAAAAUGUCCUGCUUCGUUAGAGGAAGAGAUUCUUGAACAUAAAAGUGCAGGUAAUGGUGAUGAUGAUGGUAGUCAUGGUGAUAAGGGUCAUAGUGACGUAAUUAUUGUGGUGGAGAUGGUUGUGACGAUGGUGGUUGUGAUGAUGAUGUGGUGAUGAUUGUGGUGAUGAUAUGGUGGUGAUGUUGGUGGUGAUGAUGAAGAUGGUGAUGAUGGUGGUGGUGAUGAUAUGGUGGUGAUGUUGGUGGUGAUGAUGAUGGUGAUGAUGAUGAUGUUGGUGGUGAUGAUGAUGGUGAUGAUGAUGGUGAUGAUGAUGGUGAUGAUGAUGAUGAUGGUGGUGAUGACGAUGGUGAUGACGAUGGUGAUGAUGAUGGUGGUGAUGAUGGUGGUGCGUGGUGGUAAUGAUAGUGGUGCUGGCCUUAUUCUCUUAUUUCUGAUGUGUAGGGAAGUUACGUGAUGCUGUUGCAUGUUAUGAAAGAGCGAUACAGUUGGAACCAGACACGAUUGAAAACCAUAAGGUAGACUGAGUUAACGUCGAGAUCUUAUCUGUCCAGACUGUCCUCAUUUUUUGUAUAAUCCAGAACAGCAACCACUGAAUGAAUGUUCAAUUCCAUUUUCCAGAGUUUGAUGAGCUGUUGGAUCACACUCGGCCAGGUGUCCACUGCAUUGGAACAUGCCAAUGGAGUACUUACAAGAAGGUUUGCCUGUUGGUGUGAAUUGUUUGUUGGGUUUUUCCAUGUUAUUCUAACAAAAUCUUUGUUUAUAUUUAAGGCCAGCAUGGACCAGUUCUAUCAACUCCUUCAGAGUAGAGGCGUGUUGGCGUCUGGGUCAAUGGGACGAGCUCGAGUCUUAUGCAAAACUGGUGGGUAUGAUUGUCGGAUAUAAGAUGACGAAAAAUCUAAAAUUCAAUUUUUGUGAAUCAUGUAAGCCCUGAUACUGGCUGAUAUUAAACUAAAGGAAUCACUUCUAUAAGGGUCGUUGCAUGUACCAAUUUUUUUCCCUUUUUCAUAUAUAACUUCUGAAUUUAGGAACAUCACUGCACAAACUGGAGUGCUGGGGUGGGCAAGAUUUUGCUUGCCGCAAGGAACAAGGUUUGCUGGUUUUCUUUUUUUAUUCUCUAUGCAUGGUUGGUUGUUCGUCUUGGUAGCGUGCUCUGUGUGCGUGGUAGGGUACUGGAAUCAACUGUUGUUGUGAAGUUAUCCUGAACUUGCAUUUCUGAUCAAAUUGUUUGAUUUUACAUCAGGAUGAAGACGAGUUUUCAAAGUGUAUUUGUGCGUUGAGACUUGCUCAAAUGGAACCCCUUUCCGCCGCCAGAAUGGAGUCCGGAUCUUAUCAGCGAGGAUAUGACUUUAUAAUACGGUGAGAGAAAAUAUUUCAUUGUGAUGUGUAUAGACGACAGGCCCUAUACUAAAGAGAGAAUUCAAUUCCUACCAGAGGACCUUGUGCUGCAUUUUUUGCAGUCGUUCCUGGUCAGGUCUUAAAGUGUAUAUAUACUCACUUGGAUUACUAACCCUAAAACCAGCAUUCUAAUAUUAAUUCCACCAAGUGAAGUGCAAGAAACAAGAUCAUUGAAGUCCACCUAUACUAAAACCCUAUCUUUCUAGGUUGCAUAUAUUGCAUGAACUUGAAGACUGUUUAAGCAAUGUAUUCCAUGGAGAUAAUUGCGACAUGGAUCAUAAUAAUAUGGACACGAUGUUAACAAAUUUACAGAAAAGAUUGACCAUUACACGUGUAAGUCACAGACUGUGAUUUCUUAUUCGAAUAUAAUAUGUAUGUCUAGAAAAUAUUUUUUUACACAUCAUUAUCUAGGCGUCAUUUCAAGCGCGAGAACCGAUACUUUCUAUAAGAAGAGUGAUGCUUAAACUUUUAUUAAAGUAAGUUUCCAACUGAGUAAGUUCGUUGUCUGUUUGCCCCCGAUGUAACCCCAGAUGUUGAGUGGAAAUAGAUUUUCGUAGUGAUUUCCACAAAAGUAGCCUACAAAACCCAAAUCGAUGUUUUCAGCUUUUUCAAGCUUUCGCGAAAAGUUGUUACUGUGCUUAAUUGUACUUUAUGGUAUAAUCAAUUUAUGCAUACGAAAGAGGCGUUAGAUUUCUAAUUGAGUGUGAACAUACUAAUUUCAUCCAUUCCCAAUCGUAUGAUAUCUUUUCACAACUAGGAAUGAAGGACGAAGCAACGUUGAAGAUCACUGCUUACUUCAAACGGCUAAAGUUGCUAGAAAGUAUGUUUAACAUUAAAUUCUAUUUCAUCUACAACAUGUUUUCUAAGUGUUGGUUUUGUUUAGAGCUGGACAUUUUCAAACAGCUUACAGUUAUUUACUAAACAUCAGUUCCUUGUGUAAUACAACAGAGUGUUGUUUGGAGCAGUCAAAAUUGUUGUGGGCGCAAGUAAGUAAAGAUGUAAGUUGAGCAUAAAAUUAAUUUAUUCGACGUACUAACUGAUCUCUUGUUUACCUCAGGGCAAUUGUCAUCAGGCACUUUUGCGACUGGAAAAGUGGAUUGCGUAAGUAACUGAACAAAACUUUGUGUCAGUUCAGGAAUUGAACUUCGAUCGUUGAGGGGAAAGGCAUAUGCAGGAUCAUCAUGAUGACAUCAUCACCAUCAUGAUGACAUCAUUACCAUCAUGAUGAUAUCAUCACCAACACUAUCAUGAUGACAUCAUUACCAACACUAUCAUGAUGAAAUCAUCACCAUCACCAACAUGAUGACAUCAUCACCAUCAUGAUGACACCAUCACCAACAUGAUGACAUCAUCACCAACAUGAUGACAUCACCACCAUCACCAUCAUGAUGACAUCAUCACCAAUGAUGACAUCAUUACCAACACCAUCAUGAUGACAUCACCAACACUAUCAUGAUGACAUCAUCACCAACACUAUCAUGAUGACGACAUCAUCAUUACCAUAACGAUCAUCACUACCACCAACACCUCAUUAUACUGAAAAUAACUCUUUAACAUGCCCUAACGAUCUUUUUAGUCUUUAACCUCGACGAUUCCUUAUUUUCUUUCACAGGGAAUCAUCAAAAAGUGAAAAUAAUGAUACCAGUUUGACUAAAGCAAAGGUCUGUGACUUUCUAAUAUUCAAUAUUAAUGCACACACUACAAAACCUUGAUAUUUUGAUAUUUUAUUACUAAAUUUCCCUUCUUUCAAAUUAAAAUUAGACAUUUUUGUUUGUUGCUCGAUGGAUGGAAGAAACUGCGAAUUACGGUCCGCAAUCUUGUCUGGCGCAGUACAAGGUGGGGAUUUUGUUCAUUUGUUUGAUGAAAAUGACAAUAAUUAUAUAAUAUAUACAAUUUCUCAAACUGUUUCCUUGCUCCUUAGGAAGUUGUUUCUCUCAACGGUCAGUGGGAAAACGGACAUUUUUACUUGGCGAAAUAUUACGAGAAAAUAAUGAAUUCAGUUGAUGAUUCUAAGAAAUCUGGAAAACUGUAAGUACAGUUUUUGGGAACAUACUCCGAGGUUUAAGUGCAGUAAACAGAUACAUAUUUCAUGAAGAAUGCUUCCAUUCUGAUUCGACCAAACACCACAUGUUUUUUCCUCUGGUAAUCUGUAACUCUGGUGUCCUGCUGUAGUAACACUGAGCUAUAUUCCAGGUGAUCUGACGGUGAACAAAAAGACUGGGACUAGCAACAAAUAGAAGUCCAGUUUCGUACCUUUAAUCACUUGUCACGCCCUGAUUCUUUUGUGAAACUGUUGGAAACUUUGUGUCUGUGUCUCUUGCACCGGGAAAUGAAUGUCUGGGACAAAUUUGAAAUAGAAAUCUAAUACCGUUGAUGAAAUAUUGAGUAAUUUUAAACCAGACAUUUCUGCCAGGCCUUUUCCGAGUUCCUAGAUCAUCUGGCGUUCAGGAAUGAACUUUGCUCCACGGAUAUGGAAAACUAGAUAGACAUGAUAAAAUUAUCCAGUAUAAAUAUACUUAAUUCAGUUUAUGUGUUUUUAGAAACCAGCGGCACUAACAAUAGUUUAUGACAUUUCUUUCAGAGAUUUCCUACCAUUUGUGAUGAGACAUUAUGGAGAAUCGCUGAAGUAUGGUGAUAAAUUUAUUUACCAAUCUGUUCCCAAGAUUUUGCAGUUUUGGCUUGACUUUGGAGACAAUGUCUCGGAACAAGGUAGAAUAAUGUUCAAAUGUACAAAAUGUUCUAUUGUCUGUAAUAUUUAUGCUUUUCCAGGCCAAUAGUGAGUUUGUAACACCGGAGUACUAGCAAGAGAGUACUUGGUUAUCGAACCAUGUUCAGAAAGUAUAUGCCAGUUGCGAAUGAAGAAAUUAAUAAAUGAAUUCUUUUCAGGAAAGCAAACAAAAUCUGAAAAAUCCGCGUUGAAUCAACGAUUGGAAAGUUUAAAUUUUGUAAGUGGAAGCACUCAAUUAUAGUACGUUUCAAACCUAGAACCCAGAUAAUUCACUGCAGUGCUCUGAGCUACAAAAGCAACUUUGCUCUACAAAAGCUCUACAAAAGCAACUUUGAUCCACCAGCAUGAGUCACACCUGCGCAGCCCUACGAUUCCAAUGACCGCUGACCACUGAGUCAAUUUGCCAAAACCUCAUUAAAUGACACUUUGAUGUCUUAGGGUGAUACCAAUUAUCAUCAGGGUCAUACCAAUUAUGGUAAAGGUAUAUUAAUUUUAAUUUUCAGGGAUCAUGCUUGACAUAAAAAGAUUGCUAAACAAGACUUAUUUUUAUUUUCAGAUAAUCAGUGACCUCACAGAUCGUUUACCGUCAUAUCAAUUUUUCACUGCGUUUCCGCAGCUCAUCUCGAGAAUUUGCCACAAGAAUGAUGAGGUCUGGACGAAACUGAAGGUACAGUAUCUGCCGUACUUUUAGAAUCUUUGACUGAUGGCUGGGAAUCUUUGACUGAAGGCUGGGAAUCUUUGACUGAUGACUGGGAAUCCUUGACUGAUGGCUGGGAAUCUUUGACUGAUGGCUGGGAAUCUUUGACUGAUGGCUGGGAAUCUUUGACUGAUGGCUGGGAAUCUUUGACUGAUGGCUGGGAAUCUUUGACUGAUGGCUGGGAAUCCUUGACUGAUGGCUGGGAAUCUUUGACUGAUGGCUGGGAAUCUUUGACUGAUGGCUGGGAAUCUUUGACUGAUGGCUGGGAAUCUUUGACUGAUGGCUGGGAAUCCUUGACUGAUGGCUGGGAAUCUUUGACUGAUGGCUGGGAAUCUUUGACUGAUGACUGGGAAUCUUUGACUGAUGGCUGGGAAUCUUUGACUGAUGGCUGGGAAUCUUUGACUGAUGGCUGGGAAUCUUUGACUGAUGGCUGGGAAUCCUUGACUGAUGGCUGGGAAUCUUUGACUGAUGGCUGGGAAACUUUGACUAAUGGCUGGGAAUCUUUGACUGAUGGCCGGGAAUCUUUGACUGAUGGCUGGGAAUCUUUGACUGAUGGCUGGGAAUCUUUGACUGAUGGCUGGGAAUCUUUGACUGAUGGCUGGGAAUCUUUGACUGGAGGCUCGGAGUCUUUGACUGAAGGCUGGGAAUCUUUGACUGAUGGCUGGGAAUCGGGAUGA